AUGGCCCAGAAAAACAACAUCCAGCUCGCCAUCAGGGAAUACCGGCCCUCCGAUCAACGUAUGGUCACAGAUCUUUUUUGCGACAGCAUUCGCGAGAAUAUAUACCCGGCCUUCUUCAAGUCCAUGAGCCACUCGGACCACGUGGGUGUAGCGCUGAGCAUCUCCAUGGCUGGCUACGUGCUAGGGGGCAGCUCCUACUUUCAGGCGCUACUUUUCGGCGCGGCAUGGGCAGGGCUCAUCUACUUUUGCUGCCACGAAAUCUACGAGGGCUACAUGUUGAGGAGGCUCAGCACAGACAUGGCUGACAUCCAAGCUAACUACCUGGACAACCCGAAUAAUGGCUUCUGGGUGGCGGAGGCAGGAGACGGUGACCUGUCCAAGGUGGUCGGAAUGGUGAUGGUGAGGGGACAAAGGAGAGUGGAAGAAGACGAGCAUCAUGGCAACUUAAACGGCGGUAUGGGGACAGGAUCAUCAGCUGACGGGAGCGGAGAAAGCGGUGAGAUGUCCCACUUGGUUGUGGCAUUCCCUUGGCGUCGCAGGAAGCUAGGCUCCCAACUGACCCAAAGGGCAUUGGAUUUCUGCAAAGAGCGGGGCUUCGCUCGCCUCAUACUAGAUGUCAGCUCACCACAGACGGGGGCAAUGUCCCUCCUACAAAAGAGCGGCUUUAUUCAGACGUCGUUGCACACUAACACGCAUGCCAAUCGCUGGAUCUCCAAACUGGCCAGAAUCGGUGUGAUGCGUAUGGAAAAAUUCCUCUAA